AUGACAAUUUUCCGUCGAUUAAUACGAACUGGGAUAAAAAUUAGUGCAGUGGUUGCAGCGCUAAAAGUCUCUUAUCAUCUUGAUAUUUGGUCCUUAGACUCGAAUCAAGGAGCACAGAAACUUACAGUCCUAAAAGAAACCGUCAUCCCCGGGACUAUUGUUUUUCCAAAAGAGAUAUUACCAUGGGUGGAGAACUGUUCAUGGUUCAGUGCGAAAUGGAAUAGUGUAUUAGACAAAGCAUUUUCUUUAGUCAGAUGGACUGACUCUUGA